GCUGCCCAGCCGGGCAUGGAGCGGGUCAUUCUGGCACCGGCGGUUCUGAUCCCGCUGGCGCCUCUUCGCACCGGGAACGUACGGGUGUCGGUGUGCCCCGGUGUCCGGUGCCCCUCGGUCUCUCGCUCCCUCCCGGAAGGGGCCGGGCCCGCUGCCCGCAGCCCUGCCGGUCCCCGCCGCUCCGCCGGGGAUGCCCGCGCCGCCCGGUUGAAGGCACUCGGCGCCCGGUCUGUGGUAGGGCUGGCUCGGAGCCAGAGCUCGGAGCCGGGUCCGUGCCGGUGCCGGAGCGGGGAGCGCAGGGCGGAGCCGGUGCUGGUGGCGGUGCCGCUGCGCGGGGCGGGGACGGGCCGUGUCGUAGCCGGUGCGUGGGGCGGAACCGUGCGGUGGCGGUCCCGGUCCGUGGGGCUGUGCCGGUGCCGCCCCCUGACCAAGGUGAAGCUGAUCAAUGAGCUGAACGCGCGGGAGGCGGAGCUGGGCGUGCAGGAGGCGGUGUCGUGGCAUGCGGAGUACAAGGACAGCGCUUGGAUCUUUGUGGGCGGCCUGCACUACCAGCUGACGGAGGGCGAUAUCAUCUGCGUGUUCUCGCAGUACGGCGAGGUCGUCAACAUCAACCUCGUGCGGGACAAGAAGACCGGAAAGUCCAAGGGCUUCUGCUUCCUGUGCUAUGAGGACCAGAGAAGCACCAUCCUGGCUGUGGAUAACUUCAAUGGGAUCAAGAUCAAGGGCCGGACAAUCCGAGUGGACCAUGUGGCCAACUACCGGCCCCCCAAGGAGUCUGAGGACUGGGAUGAGGUCACCAGAGACCUCCAUGCUAAGGGCUGCGGAGUCAAAACGCCACCUCACAGCUCGUCUGACUCCCCGUCUGAGGAUGAGGAUGUGCCUGUGAAAAAGCAGAAAGAGAAGCAGCGGAGCAGAGCAGAACGGUCAAAGCCGAGCCCUCCAGCUGGGAAGCGGGUGAGCAUGGAGGAGCCCCAUGGCAGGAUCAAGAUCAAGAAGGAGAAGGAGGACCCUGGGUACGAGCGCUACGCUGGGGGGAGCACUGGGAGCAGGACACAGCGAGAUGAGGAGCAGCGGCGGCACCAGCGGCACUCGGACAGGAGGGGGGACAAGAACUCCUGGGAGGAGCGGGAGAAGAGGGAGGAGGCUGGCAGGAGGAGUGAUGGGCACAGCAGCCAGCAGGACGUGUCCCCCAGGGGUGGCAGAUCCCGAGAGUCCCAUUCCCGGCACAGAGAGCGGGGCUGUGGCAGAGACAGAGACUCUGGCCGCUGCUGAGCCCUGGGUGAACACUUGGGGUGAGCCUGCCUGCAUCUGCUCCGAGCUCCUGGGCUGCCACGGCUGGACCUGUCACCUGGGAGCUCCCCCUUGCCUCUCAUCCCACCCUGUGCCAGGGCUCUCCCCGCUGCCUGUGCUGCUGGCUGGGACAGGGGUUUGUCCUUCAGCCAUGGAGGGUGUCAAGCAGUGAAGGCUGGGAGUAGCAGGAUGCUCCCUUCCCUAAAUCCUGGGGCAGUGUCCCCCUCUUGCACUGAGGCAGAAGUUGCUGCAUGUCUUGUGUGGCCUCGUGGGCCAGGUUUGGGCCCUGUGCCCACCUAGCAUCUUCUGGAUUCCGCGGUGUAUCCACAGGGCUGCACUGCUGUGUCAGGGUGAUUUAUUAUGGAUUUGUUUAAAGCUUUCUUAAUAAAAGUUCCUGUUAGGGAGAA